AUGGAGUUGAUUCCAUUUUUCUGGUUUAGUUUGUUAUUUUUUUCUGGAUUUGUUGGAUUUACUCGCUGCUAUCAAGAUGGCUUCUUGAGUUUAACAUGUGGUGGAACUACUAGUUAUGUUGAUUCCUACAAUAUCUCAUGGAUUCCUGAUGGUGAUUAUACAAGUACUGGCGGUAUAACCAGUGUAGAGGGCCCUUCUUCAUCUCGUCUUCCGGUCCGAUUUUUCCCCGAUUCUCGAGGCAGAAAUUGUUACAGGCUACCACCAGUAACAAAUGUGCCAUCCUUGGUUCUUGUUAGGACACAAUUUGUGUACAAAAACUAUGAUGGACUUGGAAAACCCCCUGUAUUCACUGUUUCUCUUGGAAGAGCCAUGGUUGCUAUGGUCAAUCUCACUCGUAAUGAUCCGUGGAUCGAAGAGUUCAUAUUUCCAGCCAAUAAGGAAGUUCUGCCUUUAUGCUUUCAGUCGACUCCGAACGGUGGAUUUCCUGUUAUUUCAUCACUUGAACUUAGGCCUCUACCUGAGGGAGCUUACAGCACUGCAUUGGGAGAUUCUACUGAUAAGCUACUUAAGAAGUCAUAUCGGAUUAACUGUGGUUAUAACGACGGUUCGCUAAGGUACCCUCUCGACCAAUAUGAUCGAAUGUGGGAUGCAGACGAGGACUUCUCACCUUUUCAUGUAUCAUCUGGUUUCGAUGUUGAAAGUACAUUUAAUUUGUCGACUAUUAAAGAAAGCCCCCCGGCUGUUGUUCUUCAAACCGCGAGAGUCUUGGCGAGGUGGAAUAAUCUGAUAUACAACCUGCCCUUAGAUAAUCAAGGAGACUACCAUGUUGUUCUGUACUUUGCUGGAAUUCUACCUGUUUCUCCAACAUUUGAUGUGUUAAUCAACACGGACGUUGUUCAAUCAAACUAUACAGUUGCACAUUGGGAGGCCGGUACCCUAUUCUUUACAAUAAGAGGAAUCAAGAACUUGAGCAUCACAUUAAAGUCAAUCAGCUACUAUCCUUUAAUAAAUGCUCUUGAGGUUUAUGAAAUUCUUGAUAUUCCCUUAGAAACUUCUUCAACUACAGUUUCAGCUCUUCGGGUUAUUCAACAAUCGACUGGCCUGGAUCUGGGAUGGCAAGAUGAUCCAUGCUACCCUACACCAUGGGAGCAUGUAGAAUGUGAAGGAAAUCUCGUCACUUCAUUGAUGCUUUCUGAUAUCAAGUUGAGAUCAAUCAGUCCCACGUUCGGCGAUCUGCUGGAUCUUAAAACACUGGACUUGCAUAACACAUCACUUGCUGGAGAAAUACAAAAUUUGGGUGGACUACAACGUCUUGAGAAACUGAAUUUGAGCUUCAAUCAGCUAACAUCCUUUGGUUCUGAGUUGGAUGAUUUGAUGAACAUUAAAGUUCUGGACUUGAAGAAUAAUAGUUUGCAGGGAACAGUUCCUGAGAGCUUGGAGGAGUUGAAAGACCUUCAUUUAUUGAAUCUCGAAAACAAUAAGCUACAAGGGCCACUACCGCAAGCUUUGAACAGAGAAAGUUUAGAAGUUAGAACAUCGGGGAAUUUGUGCCUCACUUUCACCACGAUAUGCAACGACUUUUCUAGCAAUUCUUCAAUCCAGCCACAAGUCACCAUCUUUACUCCUAGAAAGCACAAGAGCCAUAGACAUAUAGCGAGUCUACUUGGCGCUCUUGGAGGAGCUGUACUUGUUCUUUUCGUUAUCUCAUUUUUGGUAAUCUUGUACAUGAGGAGAAAGAGAACAGAUUUCGUAUAUACAGGAAGACCUGAAGUGGAUAUGAAAAACUGGAAUGGUGCAAAAGUCUUCACCUAUAAAGAGAUCAAAGCAGCUACAAAAAACUUCAAAGAGACAAUAGGCCGUGGUAGUUUUGGAUGUGUUUACCUUGGACAACUUCCAGAUGGUAAUUCAGUUGCUGUUAAAGUACGAUUCGAUAAAACUCAGCUAGGAGCAGAUUCCUUCAUCAAUGAGGUGUCUCUUCUAUCACAAAUCCAUCACCAGAAUCUCGUAUCAUUGGAAGGAUUCUGCUAUGAGUCGAAGCAACAGAUACUAGUUUAUGAAUAUUUACCCGGUGGAUCAUUGGCGGAUAACCUUUAUGGUUCCAAUAGUAAAAAAAUAACACUCAGCUGGGUUCGCAGAUUGAAAAUUGCAGUCGAUGCUGCAAAAGGUUUGGAUUAUCUACACAAUGGAAGCGAACCGCGUAUAAUUCAUCGUGAUGUGAAGAGUAGCAAUAUCCUUUUGGACGUCGAAAUGAAUGCUAAAGUAUGUGACUUUGGCCUUUCUAAGCAAAUGACACAAGCCGAUGCAACACAUAUAACCACUGUAGUCAAAGGCACUGCUGGAUAUAUUGAUCCCGAGUAUUAUUCUACACAACAGUUAACUGAGAAAAGUGAUGUCUAUAGUUUUGGAGUAGUCCUUCUUGAGCUCAUAUGUGGCCGGGAACCACUCACUCAUACCGGCACUCCAGAUUCUUUUAAUUUGGUUUUAUGGGCCAAGCCAUACUUGCAGGCAGGAGCAUUUGAGGUUGUGGAUGAGAGCAUUAAGGGAAGUUUUGAUAGUGAGAGCAUGAGAAGGGCUUCUUUAAUUGCAUGCACGUCUGUCGAAACUGAUGCACUUCGCAGGCCAACCAUUGCACAAGUACUAGCUGAGCUCAAAGAAGCCUAUAGCAUCCAGCUCGCCUAUCUUGCAUCUUCUCGUCUUAUAAAUUAA